AUGGAAACAAAAGAUGGGAAGUGUCCAGCGGGAUACCAGUGUUGUGAAAAACAGAUCGAUGCAAAGAAUUAUUUGAAGGCGGGAACCGCAACUGCGCGGAUGGAACAACUUACCGGCCUUUUCAAACUGACUAGUCAACAUGUGCGUGGCGAACUGUGUGAACUGAAAGCUGGAAACCUGCUGACCCAAAACCUGACGACUCGUCCCGAAAUAGUGAAGCUUCUGAAGCGACACUGUGCCAGUUCAAAUCGAGAAAAGCAAAAGCGAGUUGUGUUUCCUAAAGAAUCAGAGGCCACGACGCUUAGUAUUACAAAGCUUCCACAUCCAGCACAUCCAGCCUUCUCAUCCUACGGGUGUCCUACUAUGCAGCCAAUGGAGGCGGCGACGCCGAGCAAAGCGGCCAAACAAGGGAAACCAGACCAUACCUCAUCAAGAAGAGCCAGAAUGGACCGGUGA